AUUAGGAGAUUCCGGGAAUAACUCCACGGGCUCGUCAUAUUAGUGUGAACGUUUAUGUCCAAAAAAUCCAACAUGUCGGACGAAGAUUGCAUGUAUGAUGAUGACGAAGAAUAUGAUUUGGAAUACUCAGAGGAAAGUAAUUCUGAACCAGAUGUAGACUUAGAGAACCAGUAUUACAAUUCUAAAGCACUAAAGGAAGAUGACCCUAGGGCUGCAUUGGAGAGCUUCCAAAAGGUGUUGGAGUUGGAAGGCAAGGAUAAAGGGGAAUGGGGUUUCAAAGCUCUUAAACAGAUGAUUAAAAUAAAUUUUAAACUGAGUAAUUAUGAACAGAUGAUGGUGAGGUAUAAGAACCUUUUGACUUACAUUAAGUCAGCAGUAACAAGAAAUUACUCAGAAAAAUCCAUCAACUCUAUCCUUGAUUACAUCUCCACAUCAAAACAGAUGGAGCUUCUACAGGACUUCUAUGAAACAACACUGGAUGCCUUAAAGGAAGCCAAAAAUGAAAGGUUAUGGUUCAAAACCAACACCAAGCUGGGCAAGCUGUACUUUGAUAGGGGAGACUAUUCCAAGCUCCAAAGAAUUCUUAAACAGUUGCACAUAUCAUGUCAGACGGACGAAGGUGAAGAUGACCUGAAGAAAGGAACACAGUUGUUAGAAAUCUAUGCCUUAGAAAUCCAAAUGUAUACAGCACAAAAGAACAACAAAAAAUUAAAGGCUUUAUAUGAACAGUCUCUCCACAUAAAGUCGGCCAUUCCUCAUCCGCUCAUCAUGGGUGUCAUUAGGGAAUGCGGUGGUAAAAUGCAUUUACGAGAGGGAGAAUACGAGAAGGCACACACAGAUUUUUUUGAAGCAUUUAAGAAUUAUGACGAGUCUGGCAGCCCUAGGCGUACGACUUGUCUAAAGUACCUGGUGUUGGCUAAUAUGUUGAUGAAAUCUGGCAUCAACCCAUUUGACUCCCAGGAGACGAAGCCCUACAAAAAUGACCCAGAGAUCCUUGCUAUGACUAACUUGGUCAGUGCUUAUCAAAACAAUGAUAUCAAUGAAUUUGAGAAAAUUUUGAAAACAAACAGAAGGAAUAUAAUGGAAGACCGCUUCAUCAGAGAACAUAUAGAAGAUUUACUACGGAACAUCAGAACACAAGUGUUAAUCAAACUGAUCAAACCCUACACCAGAAUACACAUACCAUUUAUCUCUAAGGAACUCAACAUAGACCCUAUGGAGGUAGAGAAUCUACUGGUUUCCUGUAUUCUUGACAAUGCCAUACAUGGGAGAAUAGACCAAGUGAACUUGGUGCUGGAGCUAGAUCGGGAGGCCAUGGGUACAGCCAGAUAUAACGCCCUGGACAAAUGGACGGCUCAACUACAAACCGUACACUUAGCUGUGGUCAACAAGACAGCAUGACAUUACUGACCAGCAAAAGACUGACCAUUGGGUCUUAUAACUUAUUGAUACCUUUAAACCAGAGUGCUGGUUGUUACAUAUGAUGGCCUCCAUUCAUUACUGUUCUGGACCGGUAUGAUGCUGGAGUUUUCCUUCUUGACGAAUGUCUUCAGGUAUAAUGGUUACCUUUUCAUUUGAUCUAUCUCUUGAGAAGUGGAAGACUUUGGCAAGUGUUAACUCCCCAGUCUUUGUUUCCAUGAACAGAAGACAUUCAAUUGCUAUUCAUUAAGACUUGGAAAACUAAACAAAAAUUUGUUAUGCCACAUACAUUCUUGGUUUGAAAUGUAUAUAUCGUGUACCCUUGGAACAUCAGUUCUCGGUUGAUGAUUAUCGAGGUAAUGGAAUUUUUAAGGAUUUUCAAUUUUGUAUACAGCAUCUCGAAGUGCUUUUUCCAUAAGAAAGGACCAAGGACCCUGUAUAAACUGGAUGUACUAAAAUCAGCCUGUGAAAACUUAUUGCAGUUUUCCAGAUGAUGUGUACACAACAGAAACUUUGUGAUUUCAGCCUCCAGGAAAUAGACUAGUGCUUUUAAGGUUAUGUUAACAAGAUAUUUCUUACUUUGAGAGGUGGGUCGGGUGCAUUUGUCAGAACCUAUGUUCUAAGAGUCCUGACAUUAAAAUUCUACUCUACACAGUGGGUACAUGUACUGUAUACAUAUAAAUGUCUAGACUAGCAGGCUCAAGACUUUGUAAAAGACUAAGUUAUGCUUCACACAGAAUGCAUUGCCUUGGACAAUUUCUUUGAUCAUGAUCUGAAUGAUUGGACUUGUUGACAAAGACUUUCAAGGCCUAUAUGAAUAUCUGAAGGUCCAUAAAAUAACUUUUAUGCCGGAAAUGUUUUAUUUUAAAAUAGAUGGACCUAUUUAUGCACCUCAACGCAAAAUGCCCUAGGUUAAACAAGGUUCUUCACGCUUAAAUCUGAAAAAUAAAUGCAGUUUGACAUAGACUGUAAGAAAUCAGUGUCAGGAACGAAGAUGUUCUGCAGUACACAAAAGUUAAAACCACUUAUGGUUCUAAUGUAUUCUGAUAAAGAGAUGUUUUGUACACAAGAUCAUGAUGCCAAACAACAUAAGUCAUGUAAGCUUGUGCAAAGAUAUAACAUUAAAUUUUUUUAAAUAAAAAAAAAAUCAGUUUGUCAUUUUUAAUCCAUCAUCAUCGGUUGGUGGAAUGUUCAAAUGGCCUUUCGUCCAUGAUCAAUUGUCUGUCCAACCAAAAUUAAUCUUUAUUGCUAUUUUUUCAGAGGUACAUUAAUUUUGUAGUUUCCUGUUGGUACUUCUGAAAAAAAAAAUGGCCAACAGACGCCAUCUUAGAUUUUGACAGUUUAUAUUUGCUAUAUAAUAGCUGUUUCUUGCUUAGUUUCCAUUGGACCAUAUAUUGAAAUAAAAGCAGAUAUCAUUUGUAUUCAGAUGCAUAAAUGACCCAGACAAAUAGAACGGAUGUAUUAAUUUUAUUUUAGUCUGUAAACAAUGUGAAAAAUAUGAGUUUAAAAAGAUACAAUACUGAUACUAGGAAUGUUCCUAUAUGUAAUAUCACAGUUAGUGUGGAGUGAAUGUUUCAGUUGCUACAGGUGCCAAUAAAUAGUACAUCAAAUUGCUGUCAUAUAUAUAUAUAAAAAUAUCAAAUCCAACUUAUUACUGUAACAGAUUAAAUACAUUUUCCCAAAUGAUCUGUUGUAUUUAGCUUUGCUGAUUAAGAAUAAAUUUUCUUCAUGAAACUUCAUAAUUUUAUGAACUUCUGUCAGCACAUUUCAAUAUAUUUUACUUAAUAAUCAGACAUGCAGUUAUUGUCAUAUCUACACACAGAAAAUAUACAGAUGUACUAUUAACAUUCAAAACUGCUAAGAAUCUCAACACCAUCCUUAAAUAUUUCUUGGAGUAAGUUCAAUUUUCCUCUCUGUGCCCCUGGAAUAUGCUCUAGUUACAAUUAGUUAGCACAAACUGUAAGUAGCAAAACUCUUAAUAAGAAUAUCGAAAAUUCUGAGAUGUACAAGAUGAUGUCAGGGGAUGAAGGCAGCUGCACAUGAACAUUGGCGGAAGGCUAAUAAUUAAUAACUUCAAGAUUAUAUAAUUAAUCAUACCUUCAAAAAUCACCUAUGUUAAUAAAUUAUAUGAAAAUGAUACAUGUAUUUAAUUCCUUUGCUCAGUAACCAUACUCUGAAAUUAUUAAUCAGGAACACAAAAAACAAUUGCUAGUUUUAAUACUACAAAUCCUUACUUCAGUAUUACACACACUAUAUCCAAUCAUGUUAUGAAGAAUAAAGAACUUCAGCUGUGAGACAUGGUUUUCUUUGUGGCAUUACAAUCACAUCAAAUAUCAAACAUCAAAUUCAUACAGGAUUUGUACAUAACCUAACAUUUCUAAGAACAAGUUGUUGUUACUUUCGCCAGAUCAAUGGGAUUUUUUUUAUCCCAAAAUGAAUUCAAGUAGGGAAAUACAAAUGCAAAACACUUCAGUUGAGAUUUUUUUUACAAAAGAUUUAGAUAUUUCGUUCCCAAAAUAACAAGUGUGCCUGCAGAAGUCAUUUGAGAUAAAGAAUUGUUUUACGAGAAAAUUAAAUUAAAAAAAAAACAAAAAAAA